AUGGUUAAAUUGGCUUCCAAUAGAAGUCCGAUGGUGAAAGCCAUCGAUUCUACCUGGAGCAUAAUUCGGACUCUAUAUUUUGCGGUGAUUCUCUUCCUUUUCACCUUAAUUGGUAUGAAGAAGGAAUCAAAUAAGUAUACGAAGGAGGAAUUAAAUUAUAUUAUUGAUGAUAAGAUGCCUUUCAAGCGGAAACCUAAGGAUGACGACGAUGAUGAUGGUGGAAAGGAAGGAACUAAGCCAAAGAUUGUCAGAGGGCUGGGAGGAGGAGCUGAUUGCAAGAGCUGAGGCUGAGCUGCACUUUUAAUAAAACAAAGGAUUUUAUAGUAGCACACACAAGAGCUACUAGUAUGACGAUUUUCUUAAGAACUCCAGACUAGUUGGAAUUAAGGAAUCUGAGCAAUAAAAACCUUUGUUUUUAAUAUAUAUUUAUUUAAACAUACUAUUCUUAAUAUGUGAGUAUUA